AUGAACCAUGUUCCAAAGCCUCUAUAUGCCGUUGAUUCAUCAAUUGAUGUACCCUUGUUGGAUGUUAUUCCUUACGACCUUUUGGAGUUCUCCUCCUUUCCCCAUCGACAUGGUUUCGCAAAGGACGGCACGAUAGACUUUGAAGGUCAUACCGAAGAGGACCUGGCCAAGCUCUUGCAGUCCUGGCUAUAUUUUGGCCUCCUAGGCGAGUUGACCAGAGGGUUAGUGGAUAUCAGCUUAUUCUCCCGCCCUUUCGAUGAAGCGGAAACACAAGUAGUCCUAAACUCCCAUGCCUUGGAGACUAUACUGGACGCAAGACAAGCUUCUCUGGACAGCCUGUCUAAAGACGGUAGAAAGGAAGCUAGUAAGAUUGCCCUAGAAUGCAUCAAAAAUGGCUUGCAUUGGAGUGAAGUCUUUGACAAUCAUCCUAAGAGCAACCGGGAGCCAAUUCCAACAAUCUUGUUAUCAGUGAAAGUCUUGAUUACUACAUUGUUGUAUUUGACUUGUAAGGAUUGGGAGUCGCUCGAAGGUCGACUGUGUCCACUAGAUCCAACUUACCCAGGGAACGAUCCCCCUUCACCAGCGGGCAAGCUUUUGAUUCGCAAGAUGCAAGAAGCGGGCUGGUGUCGAUUUCGUCUUGCAGACAUCUGUCGGCGUUACAAUUACGCGCUCCUCUAUCAUUUAUUACAAACUAAACUACCAGAAGACCCAUUGAAAGUCAGCCAUGAACAAUGCACAGGUAGUGAUUGCUGUGCUUAUACAGUCAACGAGAAGGAGUACGUUCCUCGACAUGUUACAGAUGACUGCCGUUGUGGUCAUGUGGAAGCUCCCAUUGACGAGCUCGAUACUCUUUGCAUUCCAGUCAAUGAUAAAGCUGUGCGGCGUGAUGCUAUCUGUCUUAUGGGGAUGAUCUACGGAGGUGCAACUCAAGUCGUCGUCCUGGAUCUUGCGAUACAGCGUAUGAACUUUGACAGCGAUAAUAUACCUGCAGUACUUUCUUAUUUGCCCAGUUCUGCAUGGCUUAGUCGUUGCUGGACCUUGCAAGAAGGAUCUUUAGGUUCGCGCUGCUCGGUGCAAACGGCGAAACGGGCGAUUAAUCCCUUUUCAGCGAAAUUUAGAAUUGAUAUUUUUGCCUACGAAAGACAGAGUUGCGGUAUGCAGUUGCGCAGAAGAAUUCAAACUUCCCUAUUAGACCGGUUACGCGAGAGCAUACGAUCUUUAGAUACUCAACCAACUGGUAUUAUUGCCAGUAUGUUCCGUACCGAGUUCAUCUCCACAGAUCGGGCAAACUUCGCCGAAGUUUGGAAUGCCAUUAGUACGAGGUCUGCCACAAAACAAUACGAUAAAUUUGCAAUAUUCGCCAGUCUCCUCCGCUUCAACACACACUUCAUAAUGGGAUUGACAUCACACGCUAAUCAAAUGAGGGCCAUGAUUUAUAGCUUAGACGACGUUCCAGUGUCGAUAUUUUACAACAAGGGGCCUCGCGAAAGGAGUAAUGAAGUCCACAAAGACAGAUGGUUACCCACUCUUCCAACUGGAAGCCACCUUACUUUGACACCUACCGUAAAGAAUCUUCCCAAGUCUUUCGAAAUUUCGUCAGUGCAAACGGAGGAUAAACCUGUGGGACCGUUUCUUCUGGAGCUUGAAUCGCCCAUACCUCCGAACUGUCAAUCUCUGAUCCUCAUUUCCCAUAGCUCCAGUCGAAAGCAUCACGUAAAAAUGCAUCGCUCGCCGGACGACAAGCUGGAUCCCAGAAGCUACCAAGGAACUUGCUUUCUACUCGAAGGCGAUGUUGCUAGUGGUUCAGCAAGAGGCGCUUGUUUUCAGAUCACAAAGAAAUCCUUUGGGCCUCGCAGCGAUGAUCCUGUUGGUGUGUAUAUCGAUGCUAUCUACGACUGUCCACUUGAUUUAUCCAGUGCGAUCGAAACCCUCGACCAUGACACACCAGUGAGAGGAGGCGCUAUUCUAGCAUCCACAUGGUCAAUAAAUGUUGAACACGGGUCCGUUCCCAACCUCGAUGGUAUUCCCCGUCGCUUCCCUCUGGGUAAUACUCUACCCUCUGCUUGGCUAUUAGGUGUGAUGUUCAUGCCGCUUCUUCUCAUUGUACCCAUCGGGUUUCAAAUUGCGAUUCUCGUGCAAAUAGGUCGAAAUCACAUAACGAAAAUGAUAGUUGCGUCAGCAACUCUUUACCUAUUUAGCUUCGCAUCGGUCCUUUUCCCCAACCCGCUCAUGCUCCCAUGCAGAAUCGCCGCGAUAAUUACAUUUAUUCUUGACCAGAACAAUCAACAGCGACAUCUCUCAGCAAUGGACGCAGCUUUUCUGGCGGUGACUUUCUUUGUUUUCCCUGUAUUUCCCGUUCUACAAUUGGUCCUUGUGGAUCUCUGGAAUCGGUACACUUAUCAUAUAUGGCUGUCCUCAUUUCGGAAAGACUUCAAAAUCGACUGGAAGUACCGGGUGGUGCAUGGGGUUGACGUGCUGAAUCGGUUAUAUCUCUUUUGGAUAAUCGAUGUUUUGGUCAAUAAGGCGGAUGCUUUGUUGAAGUCCUGGGGGUUCCAUUAA